ACCUUUGCCCCGAAUAACUGGCUCUGUGUGAAAAAUGAAGAUCAACAUGGCUGAAAGUGAUUAUUUUAACGUUGGGAGUAUCGUGGCUUGCAAUACCUGUUAUGGACAGAAGAUCCAAGGAGAGGUUGUCGCUUUCGAUCACACAACUAAAAUGCUUGUAUUGAAAUCCCCCUCAGGGCCGGGUCGUCAAGGCCUGUACGAUAUGAGAAUGUUGAACCUGAACAUGGUCAGUGAAAUUGACCUGAUCAAGGAAUGUUCCGAUCCGCCGUCCACACUCACCAAUCUGAAUUUUAACAAACUCCAGCAGAGGGUAAGAGCUACCAGUGAAGAAAAGAGGAGGAAGGUGAAGUAUGUUGGUAUUGGGGUGACACCAGAGGGACAAAAACUAUUUAAUGCAAUCACAAAAACAAUUAAUGAUGUACACUGGGAGAACCAGAAGAUCAUUGUAAUGGACCAAGUGGUUAUUCUACCCCCGUAUGGCCUAGAAAACUGUAAACCCAUAAACCAAGCGCAGGAGAAAGCUGCACAACAUGUCAAGAAAAUAAUUGAAAAGCAUAUACGCGACCAAGAGUCUGCCUCCUCGUCCACAACAUCUUCACAACCAUCGUCGUCGUCACCGUCGCCAUCACCACAGAGCAACCGAUCUCCAGAGCAGUGAUACAAUUGGUAAUUUAUAGUGGUAACUAUGAACUGAAAAAUGACAAAAAAAGGGCGUCAGGAAAAGCUAAGAACCGCAGAGGCUGGGAAGGAAGCAUGGUAGAAUUGGGAUCACAUAUUCAAGGAUUUUGUGAGAAACUUGGAGCUGAAUUGAACCAAAAAACGGGAUGAGACAUUUGACUUUUUUAUUCUUUUUUUUUAUUUCGCAACUUAGAGCCAUGUUGAACUUUGAAAAGGGGUAACACAUUCAAUGUUUUUUUUUUGUUUUUGUUUUUGUUUUUUUUACAUAUACGCGGAGCUGAGUUGAACUGUAAAAAUGGAAUAACAUUCAAGGUUUGCAUAAAAGUGUCAGAGGGGAGUUGAACCAAACAAAAAGGGGGAAUAAACAUUCAGUGUAAAGAGUUUUGGUUAAGUGGAAUGGGAAAAUUGAUUAAACAAAUAUUUAACUUAAA